CCCAAACAAAACAACAAAGCUACAUACAUUUUGAUUUAAAAUUGUAGAGUUUCAUGAUAUUAUGGUGCAGCACAUUACGUAGAAGAUUUUUACGAGCUUUAUCUAAUUGGAUAGUACGCCCUUUUGGAGAUGAAAUGUCAGCGGUUUUCUACCAAAACACUGGCUUGAGACUGACAAGGAACACGGUGACAGACAAUUGAUGGCACACUUUCGACCUCAAUACCAAAGGUUCCAGUGAAAAUGGAAUUAAUGAAUACACGCUCAAGUAGACACACUGAUGUUCUUAGUUUUUGAGGGGAUAUUUAAAUGAGAAAAAUACAUUGUUUAUAUUAGUAAUGAUCUGACAAUGGCAAGAAGACAUACCAACGGUUGUGUGUACGCAAGAAGCUUUUGGACCAAAACUUUAACGGUUCAUAAUAUAGGCGUAGUUAUUUUAGUUUUAGCAUCAAUAGUAGUAACUAAUUGUCACAAUGAAACUAGAAAAGACGUUAAAGGAAUCGAAGACGAAAUACCUAAGAAAUUGAAGAUCAUAGAAGCAGUCGCUGGAAGAGGAUUUCUGGGUGACGUUUAUCAAAAUGGGACAUUUAAUACGGGGAACGGUUUGUGGGACAACAUAUUGAAUAAGUGUACAACAAAACCAACAGUGAGUUGUUUGCAAAAGAAUUUUUAUUCGUACUUAGACGAAAGUUUAGAUAUUAACGGUGACAUUAAUGUUAGUAGUGGUGUGUGUUUUAAAAAGAAUAAUGUGGAUAUGAAUAAAUACAGUAAGGAAGCAAAUAUUAUCUACCUCACCGGGAGUAAAGAUUACGAUGAGAGAUCAUUCGAUGAAGAGAAUGAAAUCAACGAUGAUGAUUCUGAAACACCGUUAGAGGAAGUAACUGAUGCUUUAUAUGGCAAAGGAGUUAAAUUCCUAAUGACCCAUGAUAUGAAGAUAGCCCUACCUGAGCUUAUGUUCGAUGGAGCGACACUAAAAGUAUCUCCAAGGGCAUUGACUAAGACUGGGGCCUUGGUACACAUUGACCUAGAACCAAGACACAGUAACGGAGAUGGCAGAAUAUUUAUCAAUAAAAUAAAAAAAUACGUAAAAAAGAAACUUGUAAUGGCUGCCUUGGCUAUCAUAUUAGUUAUUAAACUAAUCGCAUUAAAGUUAGUAUUCGUGCUGCCCGUCAUACUCGGAGUAACCACAGCUAAGAAAAUGUUCCUAAAAGUACUGCUGUUCCUAUUCCCAGCGUUGAGUCAUAUAUUUAAACUGUGUUCGUGGUAUCACCAGAACUACCAUACAACGAAAUACCAUCACCAUCAUCAUUUAAUUACACAUCAUCACAAGGUACCUCAUGGCCCACCAGCUCAUGUAUACGGCCCACCACAUGGUGCAGUGAUUGUCAAGCCACACGAAACUCACAGCCCAUCCUUCGAACAUUAUCCCCAAGAUUGGGAAUUAUCUGGUCCUGGUCUUGGAAGCGAGUACUUAUCUGAUAUUCAUCGUAACGCCAUAGCAAGUUUUAAACCAAACGAAAACGACGUCAACGAUAUCAAUGCGUGGGGUCUCGGUCUUCCAGCAAAUUCUCUUAAUAUUGGAGAAUACGCGAGUCCCAGCAAUGCUAUACAGAACAGCGUACCUCAUCCUAAUUCUGGACAAAAAAAUGUUAUAGGCCCUGGAAGACCCGCUGGACCACUUCAAAUAAACCCAUAUUAUAGAAAUAAAAAAACUUCUCAACGUGAUCCAUCUCAGGCCGAGAAGGAAGCCCUGAUUCGAGCUGCGGCACUUGCAUCCAAAGCGCCGGCUUCUCCAGUCCGGGACGAAUUGAUCCGAGUGUCAACCGCAAAACUGACUGAAAGCAAUCGAGUCAAGGCUGAGACGGAGUUGGUAAAACAACAGCAAGAAAUACUCGCCGCACAAGAUCCAGAGACCAUAGCGGCAGAGAAAUUCUAUGGAACUCUCAUAGACAGAAUUAACAUUAUACUUAAUUCUAUCGGUGCAAAGGACUUUGGAUGCCGUGAAAGAGCCAUCUGCGCACUUUACAGUGACCCCUUUAAACAUGCCCCGUACAGCAAUUUAGUGUCUAAUGAGCUUAGCAAAGACUCUAAUGAACUCGUACCACCAGCCGACAGCAAAAUGGCGCUCCACUAUUUUAGAUAUGUCCAAGCGGCUAGAGACGGCCAAGAAUCCAAAAACUGUUUAGACAUAUACGCGAAAUGUAACAUUGACUACAACAAGAAAUAACACCUAUAAUGAAUGUACAUGUAUGGUAUGGUUAAUCAAUUCAUAGCAGGGUCCCAGACAUAAUAGUUUUCAAAGUAAUUGUGUUUAAACUAUUGUUUCUAAACGAAUUGACUUAAAACAUUGAUUCCUCACGAAGAAUAUAAUAUAUAAACAGAGUAAUGCAUUUAAUACAGAUUAUAUUCUAUUUAAAUAUAGUUGUAGACGCAAUUAAAACUAUUUUUUUAAGUCAAAUUAUUUAUUUUCAUAUAUUUACGGCUAAUUAUAUUAAUAAAUCUUCUAAAUGGAAUUUAUAUUGAUGAGUAUAUUUUAAUGGUUUAGAUAUUAAAUUGAUGAUUUGUUGAAAAUAUUUCGAUAAGAGAACAUUUUUUACAACAGAUUUCCUACAAUUAUAAUAAUAUAGUAUUUCAUUAAUGUAAAUUCUGUCUUUAUAGCAGCUAAUUUCUGUCAACUGAUUUAUUUAUAGAAAAGCCAUCAAGUCAUUAGGACGUUAUCAUGUAAAUAGGGAAUAGGUUUUUAUGUAACGAAUAAAAAAAUUUAAUAAAAAUCAUCAUUUUAUAAUAUAAUACGAAGUUUUAUUAUAUAAAGCAUAAUGUUUAUUACAAAUGAAGUGAAUAAGAGCCAUGGUGCGUGUGUGUGUGUUUUUAUGUGCGCGCUUUUGUGUGUCUUACUAGAGAGGAACAAUAAUUAUGAAUACAUAUAUAAGAGUUAAUUAAAUUUAUUUAUUUUAUAA